AUGACCACCCAAACUCAAUUGCUUGUCGACAAGAUCUCGACUCUCACCAAGGGCCCUGGGUUUUCCCAGGAUCCUGAUGCUCAAGAGCAUGUGUCGAACUUGGCUAAACAAUUGUCCAUUACAUUAAUAUCCGCGGAAGAUGCGGCCUAUGAGCUAGCAUACUAUCCGAUAUACGCAUUUGCAGCUAGAAUCGCAGUAGACUUGAAGCUCUUCAAUUUGCUUGCAGCCAGCUCCAAGGAAGUAUCUGCACCCUAUUUAGCAGACUUAACCGGGGCAUCAGAGGAGCUCAUCAUCCGAGUCCUACGCGUCCUUUCAGCCCUUGGAUUCGUACAGGAGGCUGGUGAAUGUCAAUGGAUUGCAAAUCGUAUUACGACUGUGAUGAGCACUCCAGCCGCACAGGCCGCCCACAAACACAAGUGGGACAACUGUAUUGGUACGAUGAUAAAGAUGCCAGCCUACUUUCGUGAAGUCGGGUAUCAGCCACCAACCGAUCCUGAGAAAGGGCCCUUCCAGUACGCAUUCAAUACAAACAAAAGUGCAUUUGACUAUUGGCAGGACCAUCCAGAGGUGUACAGUAAUUUCAAUACCUUCAUGCACGGGAAGCGUGCAUCCCGACCUAGUUGGUCCGAGUGGUGGCCUGUAGAAGAAGUCAUAUUCAAUAGCAUGGAAUUGGAUGGAAAUGGCCUCCUACUAGUGGACGUUGGUGGAUCGCGCGGACAUGAUGUUCUAGCAUUUAAGAACAAGUUUCCAAGUCGUGGCAGACUGAUCCUUGAAGAUUUGCCUGCAGUAAUUGACGACAUUGUGCAGCUGGAUAAGGAGAUCGAGCGGGUGCCGUACGACUUCUUCACCCCCCAACCAAUCAUUGGUGCUCGGAUUUAUUUCUUUGGCAUGAUCUUCCAUGACUGGUCGGAUGAAUUUUGUCUCAAAAUUUUGGCCCAAACCGUACCGGCAAUGAAACGAGGAUAUUCCAAGCUGUUGAUCGAUGAUGCAUUUCUACCGACAAACAGCUGUCCAGCUGUACUUGCCGGUUUGGACCUUGCGAUGAUGGCUAUGCACGCAGGGAAGGAGAGAAGUGAGCGUCAAUGGAGAGAUAUGUUGCACAAAGCUGGUCUAAGAGUGAACAAAUUUUGGACCUAUAAAGGCGGGGCAUCUGGACUCAUUGAGACGGAAUUGCUUUAG